GCAUGCUAACAUUCACGGAGGCAGACAUGUGUACCCAGAAUCAGAGGGAGCCGGUUAUCCUCAGUGGGAGAUCCCAAAUACCUCUGCAUACAGUUUUCCUUUCGUUGGAUGGAGACACCGUAAGAACCACAGAGUGUUAAACUUGGGACUUGGAAAUCAGAGUCUGUCCCUGAAUUUCACAAAGGAAACGACUGACAUCAAAAGAAGGCAAGGUACAGCUGUUUGCAUUUUCAGGCCUGUGUGAUCUCCAACCUGAGCAUAUGCCAGCUGACAUGGGAACACUGAGGCCAGCAAUUUAAGGAUUUCACAUUUGCUUGCAGUGAAUGCAUAAUCCUGGAUCUCUUGUUCGCAAAUUGACAGCCUGAAGCCCUCUGGAAGCCCAAGACUCCUGGUGGUUUUUGACCAGACAAGCCAACCUUUUUCAAGGUAGCUCAGUGGCGUUUCUGAGCAGGGGCUACCCUGACUUCACCUUGGCCCACCAUGAGGGUCUUCCUGCUUUGUGCCUACAUACUGCUGCUGAUGGUUUCCCAGUUGAGGGCAGUCAGCUUUCCUGAAGAUGAUGAACCCCUUAAUACUGUCGAUUAUCACUAUUCAAGGCAAUAUCCGGUUUUUAGAGGACGCCCUUCAGGCAAUGAAUCGCAGCACAGGCUGGACUUUCAGCUGAUGUUGAAAAUUCGAGACACACUUUAUAUUGCUGGCAGGGAUCAAGUUUAUACAGUAAACUUAAAUGAAAUGCCCAAAACAGAAGUAAUACCAAGCAAGAAACUGACAUGGCGAUCAAGACAACAGGAUCGAGAAAACUGUGCGAUGAAAGGCAAGCAUAAAGAUGAAUGCCACAACUUUAUCAAAGUAUUUGUUCCAAGAAACGAUGAGAUGGUUUUUGUUUGUGGUACCAAUGCAUUCAAUCCCAUGUGUAGAUACUACAGGUUGAGUACCUUAGAAUAUGAUGGGGAAGAAAUUAGUGGCCUGGCAAGAUGCCCAUUUGAUGCCAGACAAACCAAUGUUGCCCUCUUUGCUGAUGGGAAGCUGUAUUCUGCCACAGUGGCUGACUUCUUGGCCAGUGAUGCCGUUAUUUAUCGAAGCAUGGGUGAUGGAUCUGCCCUCCGCACAAUAAAAUAUGAUUCCAAAUGGAUAAAAGAGCCACACUUUCUUCAUGCCAUAGAAUACGGAAACUAUGUCUAUUUCUUCUUUCGAGAAAUUGCUGUCGAACAUAAUAAUUUAGGCAAGGCUGUGUAUUCCCGCGUGGCCCGCAUCUGUAAAAACGACAUGGGUGGCUCCCAGCGGGUCCUGGAGAAACACUGGACUUCAUUUCUGAAGGCUCGGCUGAACUGUUCUGUCCCUGGAGAUUCGUUUUUCUACUUUGAUGUUCUGCAGUCUAUUACAGACAUAAUACAAAUCAAUGGCAUCCCCACUGUGGUCGGGGUGUUUACCACACAGCUCAACAGCAUCCCUGGUUCCGCUGUCUGUGCAUUUAGCAUGGAUGACAUUGAAAAAGUAUUCAAAGGACGGUUUAAGGAACAGAAAACUCCAGAUUCUGUUUGGACAGCAGUUCCCGAAGACAAAGUCCCAAAGCCAAGACCUGGCUGUUGUGCAAAACACGGCCUCGCUGAAGCUUAUAAAACCUCCAUCGAUUUCCCGGAUGAAACCCUGUCAUUCAUCAAAUCUCAUCCUCUGAUGGACUCUGCUGUUCCACCCAUUGCCGAUGAGCCCUGGUUCACAAAGACUCGGGUCAGGUACAGACUGACAGCCAUCGCAGUGGACCAUUCUGCCGGACCCUACCAGAACUACACAGUCAUCUUUGUUGGCUCUGAAGCUGGCGUGGUACUUAAAGUUCUGGCAAAGACCAGUCCUUUCUCUUUGAACGACAGCGUGUUACUCGAAGAGAUUGAAGCCUACAACCAUGCAAAGUGCAGUGCUGAGAAUGAGGAAGACAAAAAGGUCAUCUCAUUACAGUUGGAUAAAGAUCACCACGCUUUAUAUGUGGCAUUCUCUAGCUGCGUUGUCCGCAUCCCCCUCAGUCGCUGUGAGCGUUAUGGAUCAUGUAAAAAGUCUUGUAUUGCAUCUCGUGACCCGUAUUGUGGCUGGUUAAGCCAGGGAUCCUGUGGUAGAGUGACCCCAGGGAUGCUUGCUGAAGGAUAUGAGCAAGACACAGAAUUCGGCAACACAGCUCAUCUAGGGGACUGCCAUGAAAUUUUGCCUACUUCAACUACACCAGAUUACAAAAUAUUUGGCGGUCCAACAUCUGACAUGGAGGUAUCUUCAUCUUCUGUUACCACAAUGGCAAGUAUCCCAGAAAUCACACCUAAAGUGAUUGAUACCUGGAGACCUAAACUGACAAGCUCUCGGAAAUUUGUAGUUCAAGAUGAUCCAAACACUUCUGAUUUUACUGAUCCUUUAUCGGGUAUCCCAAAGGGUGUCCGAUGGGAAGUGCAGUCUGGAGAGUCCAACCAGAUGGUCCACAUGAAUGUCCUCAUCACCUGUGUCUUUGCUGCUUUUGUUUUGGGGGCAUUCAUUGCAGGUGUGGCAGUAUACUGCUAUCGAGACAUGUUUGUUCGGAAAAACAGAAAGAUCCAUAAAGAUGCAGAGUCCGCCCAGUCGUGCACAGACUCCAGUGGAAGUUUUGCCAAACUGAAUGGUCUCUUUGACAGCCCUGUCAAGGAAUACCAACAGAAUAUCGAUUCUCCUAAACUGUAUAGUAACCUGCUGACCAGUCGGAAAGAGCUCCCACCCAAUGGAGAUACUAAAUCCAUGGUAAUGGACCAUCGAGGGCAACCUCCAGAGCUGGCUGCUCUUCCCACUCCUGAGUCUACACCCGUGCUUCACCAGAAGACCCUGCAGGCCAUGAAGAGCCACUCAGAAAAGGCCCAUGGCCAUGGGGCUUCAAGGAAAGAAACCCCUCAGUUUUUUCCCUCUAGUCCGCCGCCUCAUUCCCCAUUAAGUCAUGGACAUAUCCCCAGCGCCAUUGUUCUUCCAAAUGCUACCCAUGACUACAACACGUCUUUCUCAAACUCCAACGCUCACAAAGCUGAAAAGAAGCUUCAAAACAUUGAUCACCCUCUUACAAAGUCAUCCAGUAAGAGAGAUCACCGGCGUUCUGUCGAUUCCAGAAAUACCCUCAAUGACCUCCUGAAGCAUCUGAAUGACCCAAAUAGUAACCCCAAAGCCAUCAUGGGAGACAUCCAAAUGGCACACCAGAACUUAAUGCUGGAUCCCGUGGGAUCGAUGUCUGAGGUCCCACCUAAAGUCCCUAACCGGGAGGCAUCGCUGUACUCCCCUCCUUCAACUCUCCCCAGAAAUAGCCCAACCAAGCGAGUGGAUGUCCCCACCACUCCUGGAGUCCCAAUGACUUCUCUGGAAAGACAAAGGGGUUAUCACAAAAAUUCCUCCCAGAGGCACUCUAUAUCUGCUAUGCCUAAAAACUUAAACUCACCAAAUGGCGUUUUGUUAUCCAGACAGCCUAGUAUGAACCGUGGAGGAUAUAUGCCCACCCCCACUGGGGCGAAGGUGGACUAUAUUCAGGGGACACCAGUGAGUGUUCAUCUGCAGCCUUCCCUCUCCAGACAGAGCAGCUACACCAGUAAUGGCACUCUUCCUAGGACGGGACUAAAGAGGACGCCGUCCUUAAAACCUGACGUGCCACCAAAGCCUUCCUUUGUUCCUCAAACCCCAUCUGUCAGACCACUGAACAAAUACACAUACUAGGCCUCAAGUGUGCUAUUCCCAUGUGGCUUUAUCCUGUCCAUGUUUUUGAGAGGAUGAUGUUGUAACGGUACCUUAAAACAAGAGACUUGCUUGUAUUUUAAGAGAACCAAGUGGCCAAAGAAACUCUUUCUAACUUUGGCAACAUCAGAACUUGCCACAUGUAGCUACUGCAGCAAGGCUUCUGUGUACUUGCCUGAAAACAAAGGAAGGUGCUGGUCAUUCCAUUUCUUUUGUUUGAAGCUAAAGAGAUGUGUAGCUCCCAGGGGCUACCUUACCAGUAUAAAGAGCUGAUAACAGUACUCAGAAGAAUCUGUGAACAAAUACUUGAAAAUGGGUUCAAUGUUGACUGCCAUUAUGUGUGGUCUUCCCAUUAAAUGUGAACGUUUUAAUAUGUAUGCAUUCACCUUGCCUCUUGCACAAAUGUCAAAAAAAGAUGGUAAUGUCUCAAAGAAAUGAACUUGUAGAUUACCACGCAGUUUGCUAAAAAUUCAAUCUUUGACCCAAGCUGUAGCAUUUUUUUUUUCAUGUGUGGCAUUUUUUUCAUGCCACCAACAAACUUGUUGCGUGUGUGUGUGUGUGUGUUUGUGUGUGUGUGUGUGUGUGCUGUACCCACUAGGAUUUGUUUAGGUGCCCAUUGCAUCUUUUUGUGCUAUGGAGUUGUUUACAUUGAGCAUGACUGAACGAGAGACAAUACUACUUCCCACAGGAGUCCAUUGGGUUCAGCUUUGAAAGAGGAAUAGAAUCGAGGCUCCUUUGACCAUCAAAAUGAUGAACUUUACUUAUGUGGUACCCAAUGCCAGAAUGUAAGAGUUGCAAGUGAUUUUGUGCUGCUAUUCAUUAAAACUUCUAUUCCAGUCUUGCCAGCUUAAGGAGAUCAAGAUAUUAAGAGGUAUCCUUGAUUUAUUUUCCAGUAUUCAGUAGUAAAAUUUUCCUGUCCACUGUGAAUCAAAGCCUGAGUCACUCUAUUUAACCUUAGACACAUUAAUAAGGUUUUAUUUUUAUUGUGUUUGGUUUUUUCCCGCAUAGUAAAAUUUCUCCUCCUUUAACUCCUCCUACCCCCCAAGGUAAAAAACAAAAAACAAACAAACAAAAAAUAGAAGACGAAAGAAAGACAUAUGAAAGGAAUUGUAAUUGGCUUAACAGAAACAGUCUGUGAAGACUAACAGUGGUGCAAUCAUGUUGUCUGUGUUGUGUUAUGUGAGAAUUUUCUCCUAAGUCAUGCAGGUAAUGACAAUAUACUGUAAAUACCACAUGUGAGUUUACCUGAAUCUGUGCAUUUUGUGCCUUAUUCAUGAGAAUGAUAGAAGUACUAAAAUCUGUCAAGUGUUUUCAGUAUAGCACAUUAUUUACUGAGUGCCAGUUGUAAAUGUUUUUCAACCAGCACCUGAAAAAGACUCUUCAAAAAAUCACAGAAACAAUCUAGAACAAUUAAUUGUUAACAUAAUCCAACCUCAGAGCAGCAUUACAUUCUUUGCCAUGAUAAACAUUCCACUCCUGCUUUCCUAAGGAUGAAACAGUGAUAAUGUGAACUCAAAUGAGGUUUCCUGGGUAAUGUGACACCUGCAGAAACUAUAGAGCGUCAUUUAUACGUAGUUUGGCAGAAACCACUUACAGUUGAUGAUGCGCAACCCUGCUGACUGUUUCAGUUAAUAUGCUGCAGACCACACAGUUGUUUAGUGAACCAAAUCUAGAAAGUACCAAGGCAGAGGAAUGCUCCUGCUGUAGUCAGGCAAAUGAGUUCAACUGGAUUUCUUUUGACAAUACUGUUGGUACCUAUUACUUUGGGGAGGACAGGUUGCAGAAGACCAGAUCAUUUUUAUACAGAAUGUGAAAUACUGAUACAGCUAUUCUUUUUUUUUAAAGAACAUUGUUUUAUAAAGAACAUGAUUUCCAGUGAUCUCUGGAGGCGCUAAAGCUAAAAUUUCUGUUCUUGAAACACUUCAGCUUUGCAACUAAAAUAUUACAGAUUAAUAAUAAAUUAAACCAACCAAUGAUAAACACUACUCAGUCCACCAACAACAAACGUGUUUGAAUUCACCUUACCAAUAUUAAUCCCAGCGUGUGUAAAACGAAACAGUAACUCUAUGUGACCCCAGAUAACAUUUUGUAACAUUGUACUUCCUUGUAGUUUGUAAUGUGAGUUCAAUCAGUAUUUAUGUUGAAAUUUCUAACAUGAAAUCUAGUCUCUAUCCUGUUAAUUUAAUUUUUAAAUGCUUUAUCCAUUUGUGCAAAGGUAAACGCAGAUUGUAUCUUUUUUAAUGGUACGGCAUAAAAAGUAACCCUCAAGUGAAGUGGCUCUAUACUGUUUUAUAGAGUACUUUAACAUGUAUAGAUAUCUUGUAAACUUGUAUUGUGGAUGUGUAAAUAAUACGUACUUUGGGUUUUUAACACCGCAUGUAAAGUCAAAAUAAAAUAUACAAAUCAUUAUA